CUAGUUCAGACCCGCAGUACAAUUUCUUGUGUCAAUCGCACGCUCAACUGUUUAUUUUGUACAUACUUCGGCAUUUCGUAACCCCACUUGUUUUAACAUCGCACGAAGAGUUAGAUCAGUCGAAGAUUAAUUUUAAUGGUUAUCGUCAAUUGGGACGUGUUGCAAGAUUAUAGAAAUUGCAGAUUACAUUACGAGUCAUUAAACAACUAAAUACUUUCAAAAUGGCACGAAUUCCAAGCAAAGCUUAUACUCGAGUUGAUACUGCCAAUAGCGAGUUUACGUGGACAAUUAAUAACUUCAGUAGUCUGAACAAAACCUCACACGAAUACUUGACGUCGCCAAUGUUUAAAGUGGAUAACAGUGAAAAAAAGUUUUUUUUGCAAUUUUUCCCAAAUGGAUAUCAAGCGGACACCACGACUACUGCCAUGUUUCUAUGUCAAGUUGGAUCUGAAUCGUUCAAUUGUCGUUGCAAAAUUACCUUGAUGGUCGACUACGAACCUGUGCUAAUCGUGAGAUCACCCAGAUAUUCAUUCAGUGCGAACAACAAAAAGUUGGCGUUCACUCAAUUUUUUAGAGUUGAAGAUACAAGUGAAAUGACCGAUGACCAAGAUGUCAUGAUUAUCACUUGUGAAUUAAAAAUUUUCACCACGAAAAAUGAAUCAAUAUAUUUGCAUGCAAUCAAUGAAAAUACUUCUAGAUUCAAGUGUGAUGAUUUAUUCCUUAAUGAAAAGUUGAGUGAUGUAAAACUUCAAACCGUAUGUGGAAAAGAAAUCAUAGCUCACAAAGCCAUACUGGCAUCAGCGAGUCCAGUUUUUUUAAAAAUGUUUACUAAUGAUAUGUUGGAAAACAAGAAUAAUGUAGUGAAUGUAACUGAUUUUAGAUAUGAAGUACUCAUAGAAAUGAUAAGGUACAUAUACCUAGGCAACAUAAAUGUUAAGGAAUUGACAGUGACUUGUGAGCUUUUAGGAGCUGCAGAUAAAUAUGACAUCCAAGGAUUGAAAACUAUGUGUAAUCAAAUUUUAUUUCAUAAUUUGCGUGUAGAAAAUGCUAUCAGCAUUUUCAAAUUGGCUAAUAAGUAUAAUUGUAAUACUUUGAAAGAUGAAGUAAAAAAAUUCAUCAGUUUUCAUAGUGCUGAUAUUAUGAAAUCUAACAAUGUAAAGAAAUUACUGAACCCUGCUGAGCUUGAUGUAAUUCAAUUAGUGUUAAACAUUUAAGUAUAAGAAAAAUAUUUACUCUACUUAAUUUAAAAGUUAAUUGUUAUUGUACAAUUUUUAAGAAAAAUAACUUGUUUUAUUACCAAAUGUAAGCGCACAGAAAAAUGUUUUGAUUAUAAUAAAAUUAUAAUUCUAAUAAAGACAAAAACUUAUAGCUUA